CAUGACGCAGAGCAGUGGGGGGAAAAUAUUUUUCUCGGCCUCACCUAGUUGAACAGGUGAGAAAGACAGACAGACACUAAUUACCUGGAUUGAAGUACCUGCCUAAGUGAGUGUCACACAGAGAGAGGGAGAAGGAGAACUAGAUAUUGAGUGAGUGCUAGUGUGAGCUAGAGAGAGAGGGACAGUGAGAGAAAGACGGAAAGCAACGUUGCUUACCUGUAGGAAGUCAGAUUAAUCUAGGUUGAAUGAUUUAAUAUUCGCCAUGUCUCCCUCAAGUUCUUACCAGUUCCUGGUGAUUUUGAUCUUCAUAACGGUGUCCAUUAAAUACACUGAUGCCAUAAUGUGCCAUCGCUGCUACAGUGCCAUGGGUGGUUGUGGCUACGACGUCAACUGGCGAAUGUAUCCAUGGCGGUCUUGCCCUGACUCAGAGUUUUGCGUCAAAGUUAUGGAAAAAGUUGGAAGUGAAUAUAAAAUCAUUCGUGAAUGUGAACAUGAAUUGGAUAAGAAUGUCCGCCAUCGAUUAAUGAUGCCAGUUCUGAGACGCCAUGGAUACUGUGAGCCUGCGCGCAAGAACGAUCCUCGCAACCCAUCAGUUUUAACAGAUUCCUCAAUUCAGUAUUGUUUCUGUAAAGAUUGGAAUGGUUGCAAUGCUGCAACUCUGCUACAAGGAUUCACUCUUUUGAAACUAAUUUCAGUUUUCCUCACACUUCUUUUGGUUCUUCAUUAAUCCCACCCCAGAAAUCAACAGCAAACUUCCAAAUAUUUUGUAUAUCACUUUUUAAAAUAUUUUUUUUAUAAUUCCAUGUAUAAAUAUUUACUUUGAACUUACAUAUCAGUCGUCACUAUAACUGUUUGCUAUGUAUAUAUGUGUGUAUAAUAUACAUUCAUACGUACACAUAUGUAAUAUAUAUAUAUAUACUUAAAGCUGCAGAAACAUCACAAAAACACUACUACUAGGAGUUUCACCUUCCAGUUUGUCGGAUUCAGUUUGUGAUUCAGAUUGGGACUAGAAAUAGGUUGUACUUAUAUUAUAAUUGACAGACACACUUUCGAAUGUGUAUCUGUCAAUGUGGAUUGCAUUAUGAUAUAUUACAUGUAUAGCAUAUUUCUUGUUCCAUUUUGAAUCCUGAAUCACAACUGUCCGAUGAACAGGAACAUGGAACUCUUUGUAGCAGUGUUUUUGCAGCUUUAAUAAUAAUGUGUGUUACUCUGCUUCUAGUAUUCAAGUACUAUUUCUUCCUCCCUUGUUUCACACCUAAGUGCUUACUGUGGGGGGGGGGGGGGGUAUGUGUGCGUGUAUAUAUAUAUAUAUAUAUAUAUAUGUUUGUAUGUAUGUAUAUUGUUUAUAUCAUGAGGAUUUAGAAACUCCCAGGACAUGAAAUAAUUCAUUUUUAACUGUGGAACUUAAAGUAGAUAA